AUGCCCAAGAGGAAGGUUAUCGCAGAUGCAGCAGCAAAGGUGGCACCCAAGCGCUGCUCUGCGAGGCUGUUGGCCAAGCCCGCCCCUGCCAAGGCUGACGCAAAGCAGGAAAAUGCUGCGGGAAAGGAUACAUCCUCAUACAAGAAAGUGUACACGAAAGGGAAGAGAGGAACAAAGGGCAAACGGGCUGAAGUGGCUGACCAGCAAACUACAGAUCUGCUUGGAGAAAAUGGAGAGGCUGAAAACCAGAGUCCAGCCUCUGAAGUAGAAGAGAGAACCAGGUCCGACUAA